UGUGGCGGCUGCCCCUGUUCUGACCCUUUUGCCAGUUCUUCGUCGGAGAGAACUGGUCGCAAUUGUUCUGCUCUCCUCCCCCACCGGUACCCCGUCGCGGUGUCCCAUUGGCAUUGGCAUUGGUGUGCCACAGGAUAUGAAAAAGUGUGAAAGAUUAUAAGUGGUGGUGAUAGGAAGUUCAAAUUAGUAAUGAACAGCAAGAUGUGGAACACGGGCGCGGAGCAGAAUUUCUCUCAGCUUAUUGCCGAUCUCAGUUCGACACCGUGGGUCAACAACACGAGCGAUUUGAGUUCGGAUAGUUUAGAGCUGGACAACUUGUUGUCGCAGGUAGCCACCGCCGCCACGCCUGCGGACACAGACGGGAACUUACUGCUCGGUGACGAUUUUAUCCAGGAACUACGAAACGUACCUGCGCCACCUGGAUGUAUGACGAGCGGAGCCCAGGGCCACGAGCCCCAGCCGGGAAUGUCCGUUCCUCCGUCACCGGGAGCAUGGAGCAGCAUAUCCGCGUGCUCCACGCCUGGCCCCGACAAUUCUGCGGCGGCGCUUGGACAAACAGCACGGAAGCCGCGCUCCCAGAAUGCUGCUGCGUUGGCCGCAAAGGCCAAUCGCGAGAAGCGGAAGUUCUACGUAGAGCAGAUGGAGACGCAGCUGAAGGCGGCGCAGUCACGUGCACAGCAGCUUGAGGCCCAGGUCGAGCCACUGAAGAAGCGCGUGUGCCAUCUGAGCAGGGAGGUGGCGUAUUUAAGGGGCGUAGUCCGGAACGACUCCUCCAUCAGCACCGUGCUGAAGAGCUUGCCAGAGGUGAAAACGUUCGGGCUCAUCUGCCCUGAAACGAUGCUUGCUGGCCAUGAGGACAUAACUUAUGAUGACAAGAAGACAACGAGAGCUUCAUCACCUGGCAUGGCCGCCUCCACCACCACCAGCGGCAGCAGCAGCGGCAGCAGUACUGUCUCCAACAAGAAUACGUCGGGAGUGGCCAGCAAGAUCGACACCGGCAGCAGCUCCGCAACAGAUUCUGACAGCGACAGCAACAGCAGCGUGAAGCUGAACGUGGCGUCGUCCAGUGGUGUGUGUGUCCACGUGGCUCAGGGCGACGUGUCGGUACGCUUCUGCUCAGCCUGCGCACAGCUCUGAACGCACACAGGUGGACGGACACACGGACGCGUCGAGUCUGCGUACAGUCCCAUCACCAGGUUGUAUUGAUCCACAUUGUUCAUGGUAUUGUGCGCGUGUGUGCAUGUCCGUGUGUGUCCGCGUGUGUGUGUCUGAUUUAGAUUAGUUUGUUAGCAGUUUGUUUGGGCUGCGAUGCUUUGCACGGUGUUGUCAUAGCCCAGCCUAGCAAGUGAAUACGUUUUUGUGUUAAUGAGCCAUGUCAAACCUUAGCUGUGCUCGUCAAAGUGCCAGGCCAUUUGCCAUGGAGCCUAGAGAGUGCAAAAAGCAAAAAAAUCCGUCAAAAAGUCCGUCAAAAAUUCCGCUUUUAGCUCAUUUCCCAGAUGUUCCCGAUGGUCAUCUCUUGAUUUUCCUACUUUUUUAGUAUUUUAUUUUUUACUCUUUCCAAUAACCCUUGACACCAUUUUUCAUGCUUCCUGA